UAUAAUUAAUACGUGGAUAUUACUCAAAAUUUAAAAGUUAAGCGGGAAGUGCAAGGCAACGGCUAGACGAACAACUCUAAUAUACGGGACAUUAGGUAUGAAGGACAUUAAAGGGCAUUGUAACGACAAAUGUAUGUAGUUAUAUAUGUAUAUAACUGAAACGUGGCUAAUUAUAUACUGAAAAAAUAUAUAUGUAUAGAAAAUGCACAUAAAUGUAAAAGCAACGAUAAGCUCAACGCCUAUCCCACUGUUAGUGAAAACACCUCAAUUGCUAUCGUUCAAUAUCGAUAGCUAUCGAGUCCACAAACAGCUGACGCAAAGCUAUUCGCAAAUGCACAACUACAUACAAGUUGUGUCUGCAAAUUUCACUUUAAAGUGUUAUCUAGGAACGAAAAAAGAUACUGCUGUAAGCCAUAAUUCGCGUGUGUAAAAAUGUGUAAUCUAAAUUACUUAUUGGUUAGCCACCUGUGAUACGUAUAUAUAUUUAUAUAUAUAUAUAUAUAAAGACGAUCGAUAAAUAUACAGUAUGAGCGUUAAGCACGCAGCUUGGAGCCGUUCGGAGUGCAACACAUAAUUGCAAUCACCAAAAGCAAUGGGCUAUGCAGCACGUGGUGAUGUUGAGCUGGCGGAACAGUGUACGCUGCUGGACGAUCAGGAUCACGCGGAUGACGAAUCCCGGUUAAGUCAAGCAUCAAUUCGGGAUGCAAGGAAACUGCAUCAUCGACGACAACGUCUCCGAUGUUCAUCGCCUCGAUUUUUACGAAAAAUUUGCCAUUUCGUGCUGUGCAUAUUCGUAAUAUUGCUAUUUCGGUACAUAAUCCUGCCCAACAUUUCAAUAUAUGUACAAAAAAGACAUGUUCCGCUGGCGGAUUGGUCGGCGAACACAUCGCUAGACAUUAAGGACUAUAUACAGGCACAGCAGGAGACAUCGCUCAUAACCCCCCGUGACUUUUGUCGCAACAAAACAUUUCUGAUUAUUGCCGUCUGCACCGGCUUAAGCAAUUUCGUGGAAAGACAAACAAUUAGAGAAACCUGGGGUAAUACAACAGAAUUCAAUUAUGCAGCAUUUGCCAAGCUGCAUGGACACCUAAAGGGACAUUAUCAGCCGCCAAUGGAAAAACGCUUGCAAUUGUAUGCGGAUUAUCUAAAAGGCGAGGGUGAAAACCUUACAGCAAGCGUACGCAUAGUCUUCAUAGUGGGUCGCAACAGCUAUGAAUCACAUUUGGGAAAUGAAACACUUGUGCGAUUGCAAAGCGAAGCGGAAAUCUAUAAUGAUAUAAUUCAAGAGAGCUUCAUCGAUACGUACAAUAAUCUAACAUUGAAAUCUGUGAUGGCACUGAAACAUAUUAGCAAAAGUUGUCUAAAGACUUGCGCUUACUUUGUUAAAUGCGACGAUGAUACGUUUGUCAACGUUCCAAAUCUUUUGCAUUUUCUACUCGGUGGCACAGUGCCGCUCUAUAACGAUACUCUCGACUAUCAUGAUCGUAGUUCGAUGGUGGUUAUGUCGCAAUACAAUAGAUUAAAUGCGACAACUGGUAUCAUGAUAGGUCAUCAGUUUUGCAAUGUUGUGCCCGUCAGCGAUGUCAGCAGUAAAUGGUAUAUCCCCUAUUAUAUGUUUCAGGGCGAAGUAUAUCCCAAAUACUUAUCGGGUGCCGGUUAUCUGAUGUCUAUAGAUGUCGUCGAACGUUUAUUUGAGGCGUCUCUAAAUACAUCGCUCAUUUAUCUUGAGGAUAUUUAUAUAACUGGACUUUGCGCUAAUCGCGCAAAUAUUAAGCGACAACAUCAAGCUCUCUUCAGCUUCACGAAUUCUCCACAUUUGUGCGCCUUCAAGGGCAGCAUUACACAACAUCAGAUUAAAGAGGAGAGCAUGAUCGAAGCAUAUCGGUUUGUUACCAAUUAUACAAAAAUAUGUCCACCACCGGGACGUUACUUAAAUCAUAUGCGAUUACGAAAUCGAAGUAAUUGUUAGAUAAGAAAACAAGAGCUGUGAAUAUGCCUCUAUCAAUCUGUCUGUCUCCAUAUAUAAAA